AUGGUAGUGUUCAAUGGCCUUCUUAAGAUCAAAAUCUGUGAGGCCGUGAGCUUGAAGCCCACAGCCUGGUCGCUGCGCCAUGCGGUGGGACCCCGGCCACAGACUUUUCUUCUGGACCCCUACAUUGCUCUCAACGUGGACGACUCGCGCAUCGGCCAAACAGCCACCAAGCAGAAGACCAACAGCCCGGCCUGGCACGAUGAGUUCGUCACCGAUGUGUGCAAUGGGCGCAAGAUCGAGCUGGCUGUCUUUCACGAUGCUCCUAUAGGCUACGAUGACUUCGUGGCCAACUGCACCAUCCAGUUCGAGGAGCUGCUGCAGAAUGGGAGCCGUCACUUCGAGGAUUGGAUUGAUCUGGAGCCAGAAGGAAAGGUGUAUGUGAUCAUCGAUCUCUCAGGGUCAUCAGGCGAAGCCCCCAAAGACAAUGAAGAGCGAGUGUUCAGGGAGCGUAUGCGGCCCAGGAAGCGGCAAGGGGCUGUCAGGCGCAGGGUUCACCAGGUCAAUGGCCACAAGUUCAUGGCCACCUACCUUCGGCAGCCCACCUACUGCUCCCACUGCAGAGAUUUCAUCUGGGGUGUCAUAGGAAAACAGGGAUACCAAUGUCAAGUUUGCACUUGCGUCGUCCACAAGCGAUGCCAUGAGCUCAUUAUUACGAAGUGUGCUGGGCUAAAGAAACAGGAAACUCCCGACGAGGUGGGCUCCCAACGGUUCAGUGUCAACAUGCCCCACAAGUUCGGGAUCCACAACUACAAGGUUCCCACGUUCUGUGACCACUGUGGGUCCCUGCUCUGGGGCCUCUUACGGCAGGGCUUACAGUGUAAAGUCUGCAAAAUGAAUGUUCACCGUCGAUGUGAGACCAACGUGGCUCCCAACUGUGGGGUGGAUGCCAGAGGAAUCGCCAAAGUGCUGGCUGACCUCGGUGUCACUCCAGACAAAAUCACCAACAGCGGCCAGCGGAGGAAAAAGCUCGUUGCUGGUGCUGAGUCACCACAGCCGACUUCUGGAAACUCUCCAACUGCAGAUGAUCGAUCAAAGUCAGCGCCCACCUCCCCUUGUGACCAGGAACUAAAAGAACUUGAAAACAACAUCCGGAAGGCCUUGUCAUUUGACAACCGAGGAGAGGAACACAGGGCAUCUUCAUCUACUGAUGGCCAACUGGCAAGCCCAGGCGAGAACGGUGAAGUACGGCAAGGCCAGGCCAAGCGCUUGGGCCUGGAUGAGUUCAACUUCAUCAAGGUGUUGGGCAAAGGCAGCUUUGGCAAGGUCAUGCUGGCGGAACUCAAGGGCAAAGAUGAAGUCUAUGCUGUGAAGGUCUUAAAGAAGGAUGUCAUCCUCCAGGAUGACGACGUGGACUGCACAAUGACAGAGAAGAGGAUUUUGGCUCUGGCACGGAAACACCCUUAUCUAACCCAACUCUAUUGCUGCUUCCAGACCAAGGACCGCCUCUUCUUUGUCAUGGAAUAUGUGAACGGUGGAGACCUCAUGUUCCAGAUCCAGCGGUCCCGAAAAUUCGACGAGCCUCGUUCUCGGUUCUAUGCUGCAGAGGUCACGUCUGCUCUCAUGUUCCUCCACCAACAUGGCGUGAUCUACAGGGAUUUGAAACUGGACAACAUUCUUCUAGAUGCAGAAGGUCACUGCAAGCUGGCUGAUUUCGGGAUGUGCAAAGAAGGGAUUCUGAAUGGUGUGACAACUACCACCUUCUGUGGGACUCCUGACUACAUAGCCCCCGAGAUCCUGCAGGAGUUGGAGUAUGGCCCCUCAGUGGACUGGUGGGCUCUGGGGGUGCUGAUGUAUGAGAUGAUGGCUGGGCAGCCCCCCUUUGAAGCCGACAACGAGGACGACUUGUUCGAAUCCAUCCUUCACGAUGACGUGCUGUACCCUGUCUGGCUCAGCAAGGAGGCUGUCAGCAUCUUAAAAGCUUUCAUGACCAAGAACCCCCACAAGCGCCUGGGCUGUGUGGCAGCACAGAAUGGGGAAGAUGCCAUCAAGCAGCACCCAUUCUUCAAGGAGAUUGACUGGGUACUGCUGGAGCAGAAGAAAAUCAAGCCCCCUUUCAAGCCGAGAAUUAAAACCAAAAGAGAUGUCAAUAACUUUGACCAAGACUUUACCCGGGAAGAGCCGAUACUUACGCUUGUGGAUGAAGCAAUCGUGAAACAGAUCAACCAGGAAGAAUUCAAAGGCUUCUCCUACUUUGGCGAAGACCUGAUGCCCUGAGAAGCUGCUUCAGGGGGAGUUAGCUGAAGCUUCAAGGAGGAUGCUGAGAAAAAUCCCAUGUUGCAGAGGCUCAGAAGGUCUCAAACCAUUCCUCCACCCCAGAGCCCCAGCCCCAUGUCCACUCUAUUUAUUGCAAUCCCUCACCCCGGCCAUGUCCUUCCCCACCCUCCCAGUGACCAGAAGGCACUCAUGGGUCUAGACUCAAUCAGGAACACAGAUGAUUUGAAUGGUGUCUGCUCUGUGGGUAGCUGUGUGCAGUGCUGGAUUGGAUUGUCUGUUGUCCAUCCACAACCCUAAAGCAACUUCGGUUCUUUUAUUACAAAGGAAAACCAAACCAACCAACCCAACGCAAAGAUUCUGGCUCUGCCACUGGAUAUGGAACCCUGACUCUUUUCUCCUUCCUCCUGUUCCCCAGCCUGCCAUCCCUGCCCUUCUACAUAGGACAAGAGACUGGUACUUCUUCCACAUAAGGACGGUGCCCGAAGGCAUCCCCCUUGAUGGGAGGAGCCUGGGGAUGCUCAGGCUGGCCAAUUGUGUCCGUUUGCUCUGGAAUUGCACAUCCCUGCUUGCUUUGGUUUUAGCUUUUUUGAGCAUGCCAAAGUUAUGUACGUUUGUAUCUCAUGGAAGAAAUCAUUUUCAUUUUGAACUCUUAACAUUUCAAAACAAACAAACAAAAAAACUGUUACCAAGUUCACUUUCUAAUUGGCCAAAAGAUAGACAUCCCAGUGUGAAUGCAGGUAGAUAUUAAAGGGCUAAUCCACAGCGAGAAUCCAGUCAUCCAAAGUUUAUUAGUAAUGCUUUAGUGAUACAUGAGGGCUAUGCAAAGACAGCAGUGGAAACUCUGGCUUCUAAUCGUCAGAAUUCUCCCUGAGCACAAAGGCCACCAGAGCAACAGCCAAGACCCUGAGGUUCCAGAAAAAUUCCACCCCCAUAUUCUCUCUCCAAGUAUUUUUUUCUCCCAAGUUCCCAGUAUAAACUCUAUUUUCUGUGCACUUCUACAAAAAAUGGUAGUACCACUUGUGGCUUGAAACACUCAGUAUGUAAAAUGAAGUACUGGAAGGAAACUCAGCCUGGGUCAGGCAGAAGGUGUCAGGAGACUGAUGAGCAAGGGAUUUGAAGACUGACAAGGUAGUGGGAUGUGGCCAGAGUUUUGGUGACAUGCGAUGGCAACUCACAUGGACUCUAUUUAAUGGACUGAUGUUACCUCCUGUAGAUAUGGUGACAGUGUUAGUCUUUGACUCCUAAGGGUUCUCUGUGGCUUUGUGUAUAUGUUCUCUGAAGGUUAUUUGAUUACCUAUUUUACUGAACUUAUUUAGCAGGGAAUGGAAUCCAUUCCAACUGUUGCACGUGGAUUUCCCAAUUGCCCCCAAAUAUAUAUAUAUAUAUAUAUAUAUAUAUAUAUAUAUAUAUAUAUAUAUAGUGAGUGGCAUUAAUGAAGCUUUUUGCCUUUUGUACAUUUAAGAUUUUUCUUUUUUUUCUUUUUUUUUGUAUAUAAUGUUUGCUGCAAGGCCUGUGGAAUUAAUUCAUUGAAUAUAGAGGUAUCAACUGCUGCAUGUUCUGGCAUCUUAUAAAACUUUAGUCAAUGAAAGAAUAACUAUAAUAAUGUCCAGGUGCGACCCUCCUAUCAGCUAUUGGUUCAAGUUACUGAGAGAGAGGUAUGCUUUUUCCUAGGGAGGGCUGGGGUCCUUUAUGUUGUUUAUUUCCUCUUGGGUUGAAGAUGUAACCAUAUGAUGAUGAGCUAUAUUAAAUUCGCACUUGGUUCUCCUGAGCUCCAUCACGCCCUGAUAGAGAUGGCAGAUGGAGAGGAAUGUUCUCCAUAGUGGUUGCCAAGCUCAGACAGUGACUAUUUUGAGCCCAUACUCAACAUGUCCCUAUUUGCAUCUGGCUGGUCACAGCCCUCGUUACUGAUGGUGACCUUCAGUUCUCUUCUGCUUUUUUUUUUUUUUUUAAUGAAAAAACUCAGGUGUAACUGUGAUCUGUUCUUAUGAUGAUUGCAAAUAUUAAAUACUAUGCUGUAUUGAUCUGUAUGUUUGGCAUACCAGGGAAGUGAUGAAGAACACUAGGUUAAUUUAAUUUAUCUUCAGUGACUUGACAUACUGGGGGAGGACUAUCUUUUGGAGUGGUAACAAGCACAGAAAUAUCUUCAUGGUGGUAUCAUCUCAUUGUUUAGAAAAACAUGAUAAUACGCCCUCAUACUCAGAUAUACUCAAUUUCUUUCUCUCUCUCUCUCUCUCUCUCUCUCUCUCUCUCUCUCUCUCUGUCUCUCUCUCUCCCUCUCCCUCUCUCCCUCCUUCCCUCCCCGGCUUCCUUUACUGUUGUGAAUGUUGGAAAGCCAAGGCCAAUAUCAAGUGGCUGUUUUCCAGGGCACAUGACAGUGGGGGCUAGGUGCUUCCUCCUGGCCAACCAGCACUGUUGCUGGGAAAUCAAACAAUACAUUCCACCAGCGAGCAGUAGGCAGUCAGCCCCCUGGCUCCCUUUCGGUGCCCAUAACCGGCAGGUUGAGAUGCCUAUGGCCAAUGCAGUUCUCACACUGGCAGGCUUGAAUCCAGGGGAGACCUACACUUGUGUAGGAUGUGUACGGAGUCCUUUCAGGAAGAACUCAGCACUAUGUGGCUCAGUGGUAGAACUCUUGCCUAGCUGGUGUAGAGCUCUGUGCUCAGGCUCCAGUAUAACAGAGAAGAGCAAAGACAGGGGAUGACCACACUGAUAAAUUUCUGCCAGUUCCUUCUCUUUUCAACGCUCACUCUCUUUCUUUUAGAGGAAAACAAAAAGUGGGGAAAAAAAAAAAGCCACAAACCUACAUGAAGGAUAGUAUCUUCUCCCUUCCUCUCAUUGAUGGACUUUGUGAAGUAGAAACAUACUUUUUUUUCUUCCAAAGGUGAAAACACAAUUCAUUCUUGCUUUAAAACAAAAGAAGGCUUAAAAACAUUACCUCUUUUAAAAUGAUGUGCGAGAUAGUUCUGGCUAAAUAGAAAACGUGUUCAAUUUUAGGAGUUUUAUUUUGUAUUGUGAAGCUUUCUUUGUACAUUUCCCCCUUCCUUUCUGGAUGUGACUUUAAUCCAUUAGUGUCAUAAUUCAUUGUACACAUUAUUGUGCCAAAUGUACUGUCCUCAAAAGGGUGUGAGCGUGUAUUGUUCAAGGACGUAAUAAAUAUGAUGACGUUAAA